UAAUGGACAAUUGAACUUCAAAAGAAACUGGGCAGAUUACAAAAACGGAUUCGGCACAUUAGACAGUGAAUUCUGGAUAGGAAACGAACUGAUUCAUCAACUAACAACCAAUGGCUACACUGAAAUAAGAUUUGACUUGACAUUUCAAGGCGGAUCCUACUAUGCCGUGCACAGUAACUUUCAAGUCCAAAACGAAGCCUCUCAGUACUUCAUGACGGUCGGACCUUACACGGGCAACUCCAGUGAUCGAUUCGGUUACGCCAGCGGGAUCGGAUUCACCACCAUAGACAGGGACAACGACGUCGACCACAACAACAACAACUGCGCCGACUACUACCACGGUGGUUGGUGGUACAAGGGCUGCCACAGCAUGAACAUCAACGGCCAGUGGGGCAACACACGCUAUGGAGAAGGGCUCACCUGGUACCCUCUGACUUCCUUCUACCAAUCUGUCAGCACCGUGGAGAUGAAAGUGCGAAAACCAGAUACUUCGUAGAUGUCAACACCAGUGUUUC